AUGGCUCUCCCUCCGAAAUGGUACCAAUUUCUCGUCAGCGUCUUCGCGUCGCUCGGCUCCCUGACGUUCGGUUAUGAUCUUGGUGUCAUCGCCCAGGUUAUUGGAUCGCCAUCCUUCAAGUCCAAGUUUGGCGAAGAUCCGGCCGAAAUCGGCGCCGUUGUUAGUGUUUUCACGGGUGGAGCGUUCUGCGGUGCUGGUAUUGCCGGUUGGGCUGGCGAUCGCUUUGGCCGACGUCUCACGAUCCUGAUCGGUGCUGCCUUCUUUCUCCUCGGCGGAACCCUCCAGACCAUCGGCAAGAACAUUGCCUUUCUCAUGGCCGGUCGUACGCUUGCUGGUGUUGGUGUCGGAGUUUUGUGCAUGAUCAUUCCAGUUUACCAGGGCGAACUUUGCCACCCCGACAUUCGUGGCCGUGUCACGGCUCUCCAACAAUUCAUGUUGGGCAUUGGUGCACUUGCGGCAGCUUGGAUUUCAUACGGCUCCUAUAUCGGAUUUGCGGCCGACGACAACAACCAGUGGCGCGUCAGUCUUGGUAUUCAGAAUGUCCCUGCUGGCAUCCUGGCCCUGCUGAUCCUGCUGUUCCCUGAGUCGCCUCGCUGGCUGAUUCAAAAUGGCCGCACGGAGGAGGGCCUUCAGACUCUGGCCAAGCUUCACGCGCACGGUGAUGUCAACGACGCUUGGGUUGUUGCCGAAUUUUCUCAGAUCGAGGAUACGAUCACCAUCGAAAGGGAGGGUUCGGCCAAGUCGUACGCCGAGCUGUUCACUGACCGCUCGUGCUUCCGUCGCCUCUUUCUCGCUUGCGCCCUGCAGGCCAGUGUCCAGAUGACAGGUGUCUCGGCCAUUCAGUACUACUCCCUCGCUAUUUACGAGAAGAUUGGUAUUGCGGGUGACGAUGCCCUCAAGUACCAGGCGAUCUCCUCCUGCAUUGCCUUGUUUGCUCAGUUCCUCACGAUUCUGUUCAUCGAUAAGACGGGUCGGCGGUUCCCGCUCAUUGGUGGCAACCUGCUGAACGCCGUCUGCUUCAUCAUUGCCACGAUUCUGCUGGCCAAGUACCCUCCCCUGGAUGGUGCCUCGAGCAACAUUGGUGCCUCAUGGGGCUUCAUUGCUAUGACCUGGCUGUACAACUUCUCGUUCAGCGCCACGUGCGGUCCUCUGUCAUGGAUUAUCCCCGCCGAGAUCUUCGACACCAAGACACGUUCCAAAGGCGUUUCAAUCGCCACCAUGACCAGCUUCGCCUUCAACACCAUGAUCGGCCAGACCACGAGUGUUGCUCUCGACGACAAGGAUGGCAUUGGCUGGAGGUGGUACAUUCUGUUCAUCGUGUGCAACUUCACCAACGCUAUCUUCUUCUGGGCAUUCCUGCCCGAGACGGCCAAGCGCCCGCUGGAGGAGAUGAGGUACCUCUUCACUGAGGCACCUCUAUUUGUGCCCAGGAUGGACCCCUCGCAGGCGACUUCUCACGAUUUGGAGCGUAGGAUUCAGGACGCCGAGGCCAAGCAGGCCGGUGUGGAUGCUGAAGAUGAGCAUGUCAAACUCUGA